AUGAUUCGUUUUGCAGCAGAUCAAUAUAUUCUGGAGUUUCAGAAGCAGCGUGAUCUCUGGCAAUCCCGAACAGAAAAUGCCGCUCAUUUCAUUGCUCGAGGAGAGAUACACCUAGGUAUUCUUGGGGUAUCCGCCUGUGUCUUUUUACUACAAUACUUUCUCUACCUUGCACGGCAGCUUUGGACGAAGUCUGAAAAUGACGACGAAAAGACCCCGGCUUUCGCUCACUUUUAUACACCAAUCGCGUAUAAUGUCACCCAAAUCGUCUCUGCGACUACUUCAUUCGCUCUUAGUAUAACUACUCUUCCUCAUGGUGGCAGUUGGAAGCGGUCAUUACUCAUUGGAUAUGCAACCGUGCUGUACAUUGGGAGAUUUGCCGGAAAUAGCUCAACCCAGAGUCGCAUAUUUCGCCAUGCGAACACAAUUGUAGUGGUUACUAUGCUUCUCGCUGUUAUCCAAACAUUUGUGCCGGUAUUCAUCGUGGGAGCAACGUAUCGUCCAGAUGUUCUCGAGUCCGCUAUAUUUGGGUGCUUGUUUGCAACAAUUAUUAUACCCGCCAUAUCCCCACGCCCACAACGGAUUAUUCAUAGCGAAGAUGAAAGUAACGAGGAUCUUAUCUUCGCCCACAAGGCAUCCCUGGAGGAAACAUGCUCACUCUUCUCCUACUAUUGGUCUUAUGAGUGGAUUACAUGGCUUAUCAUCCGGGGACUUCGAAAUGAACUGACAAUAGACGAUUUACCGAUUCUGCCCUCAUACGAUACACCAAUACAAUGGUUCAAGGGCUUUCAAAAGCAACGUCGUCCAGGCAGCAACACGUUCUUUACGUUAUGUCGUUUGCUGAAGAAAGAUAUUAAGAAAAUGGUCUUUUGGUCGGCCAUGCUAGCAUUUUGCGAAUUCCUUGCGCCGUCUGCUCUAAUGAGACUUUUGGGAUAUCUUCAAGAUCCCGCGAAUGCUGUGAUUCACCCAUUGGUAUGGAUUGCAGUAUUAUUUUUUGGUCCGGCCCUUCGCACCCUGUGUAGCCAGCGCUACAUCUUCGUUGCUACAAGACUCAUGGUUCGAGUCAACAUGAGCCUCGUGCAGGAGAUAUAUCACACUGCGAUCCGAUCUCAUAUCUAUGACUCCUCUGUUGCUGAGAGGAAGGUAAACCACGGCGGAAGUGUAGUGGAUAAAGAACUAUCCAAAGGAAGGCAGGCCGAUAUUACGACAUUGAUGUCCUCCGACGUACAGGCUAUCUACAAUGGACGGGAGAUUUUUUUCGCGCCUGUGGUCGUUCCUAUCACUGUCGUCAUUGCCGUCGUGUAUUUGUACCGCUUGCUUGGAUGGCCGUCAUUGUUCGGUGUGGCUACUUUGUUCCUUUUAUCUCCCUUGCCGACUCUGGCGUCGCGUCGCGUGUCUCGCAUUCAGAGAAGCGUCAUGCAAGCUACCGAUGCCAGGAUAUCCAAAAUCACAGAAUACCUCGGAUCAAUCCGUACACUCAAGUACUUUGGCUGGGAGCCUGCGAUGGAAAAAGAAGUGGGCGUCCUACGACAAGUGGAGCAGAGUCGGGUAUGGAAACGAAAUUUGACCGCUGCAGUCAUUUCACUAGCGGGAGACCUCUUGCCAAUGAUGAGCCUGCUGGUUUCGUUUACUGCUGUGGUGCUUCUCACGAAUAAUAGCCUAGAUGCGCCCAAAGCAUUUACGGCAUUGUCGAUCAUGGAAAUACUCCGGACACAGUGUGUAUGGGUUUCAAAUAUUGUUCGUAACGCUUCGACCAGUCUUGAAUCUCUGCGUCGUCUUGAUCGAUUCUUUGAUUCUGCAGUUGAAAUAAAGCGUCAUCCGCAAGGGCCUCCGGCAUUUCACAAUGCCACUUUUCGCAGAACCCCCGUGGCAGCUUUUAGAUUACGUGAUAUCAAUAUAACAUUUACAGAGUCUGCAUUGAACGUUGUCACUGGUCCAACCGGCUCAGGCAAGACUUCUCUGCUCCUGUCGCUGAUUGGUGAGACUAUACUUGAGUCUGGCAUGGCAACUUGCCCAAGAGAUGUAGCAUAUGUUCCUCAGACAGCCUGGUUACAAAACGACACGGUUCGACAGAACAUUUUAUUUUACAGCGAGUUUGAUAAAGUCCGUUACGAUAGUGUUGUUGCGGCAUGCGGGCUUCUUCAAGAUCUACAACAACUUCCAGAGGGGGAUUUGACUGUCGUCGGUGAACGAGGAACCAGUCUUUCAGGAGGACAAAAGCAACGAGUAUCAUUGGCGAGGGCUAUUUAUUCCCAGGCUACCACACUUUUACUAGACGAUGUCUUUUCCGCUCUCGACACACAUACCACGGCCUGGGUGUAUGACCAGUGUUUUCGCAAGGGACUCCUCACCGGAAGAACGGUUAUACUGGUUACACAUUUGCCCUCGGCUUUGGAAGAUGCUCAAACUACUGUGUAUAUUGAAAACGGUGCCAUCACAUCAAUUCUAACAAACAAGGAUAGGCUGUUGGCAUCUUCCGGUACAAGCAGUAUUUCGAAUGAAUUGACCGCAGUAGAAUCGUCAGGUGCUGUCACUCCUUUGAACAACGAAGAGGCGGACUCAAGCAAUAAACCUUACGACGAGGUCUCUACCGACACCGUAUCAUCAGAACAGAGAGUGUCCUCUCGAUUGGUGGCAGAGCAGUCUUCCAAUGGCCGAAUUCCACGAAACAUAGCAUUCGAAUAUCUGCUCAAUUUCGGUGGUUACAGCUUCGUCAUCUUCGCUAUGGUAUCUACUCUGGCCGUGCAAGUAACUUACUUCUCUGUUACAUACUGGCUCUCCAUCUGGGCAGAUGCAUACGAUCGCAGCGUAACAAUACCCAACGUCGGCUACUACCUCUCUAUAUAUGCCGCUAUAAUCUUGAUAUAUUUGACACUUCAAUUCGGCAACGUCGUAAUCUUCCAGGCAGGUGGUUGGAACGCCUCCCGGAGGAUGCACCGAAAACUCCUUCACGCCAUUCUGCAUGCCCCCGUAUCAUGGUUUGACCAGAACCCCGUUGGACGCGCAAUGAAUCGAUUUGGGAACGAUGUACGAUCAAUGGAUACCGUUCUUCCUGAGUAUCUUAACAAAAUGAUUGACAACUGCCUCCGGUUCCUAUUUCGUGUUGCAAGUAUCGCAUCCGUCAUGCCAAUCUUUAUAUUCCCGGCCGGCAUUGUUUGCAGUAUCGGAAUCCUAAUUGGUGAAAUGUAUACUCGAACGCAAAUACAAGUGAAACGAUUGACCUCCAUCAGUGCGUCGCCCGUCUUUAUUCAUUUUAUUGAUUCUAUUGCUGGGCUGAGUGUCAUUCGUGCCCGGGGUGAUAUGGAUGAUAAAUUCUUUUCGAUUCUGUCGGAGAAGGUUGCCAUCCAAGCACGGGCUAUGGAAGCGCAAGUCAAUUUAAAUCGAUGGGUUGCCGUUCGACUUGACCUCUGCGCCGCAACUGUCACUGCAACUGUCGGGCUUCUUGCGUGGAAAGUCGGAGGUGAUCCCGGGUUAGUUGGUUUCUCGUUGUCUCAUGCAGUCGGUCUUGGACAGACGAUUCUAACCUUGGUCCGGACGAUGAACGAUUUGGAAGUCGAACUCAUUUCGUUUCAGCGUGUGAAGGAGUAUACAGAGAUUCAACAAGAAGGACAAGAACAAUUCCCAGAACAUAGGCAGGAUCAACCACCGGCCCACUGGCCAAACGCAGGACAAGUCGAAUUCACCAACAUCACUGCAAAAUACUACGACGGUCCCAACAUCCUCCAAAACAUAAACUUCACCAUCAACCCCGGCGACCGCGUCGGCAUCGUAGGCCGUACUGGAAGUGGUAAAAGCACGCUGGGGCUUACAUUGCUCCGAUUUACGGAACUUGUCUCUGGUCGAGUUGCGAUUGACGGGAUCGACAUUAGCAAAAUCCCCCUCAAUCGUUUACGGACAAGUAUAGCUUUGAUUCCUCAGGAUCCGGUUUUGUUUUCGGGGGAUGUGCAAUCGAAUCUAGACCCGUUUGGCGAGCUCGGUGAGACGGAGUUGCAGGCUGCGUUGUCGGCAUGUUGUACUUCAAUUGAGGUUGCAUCCAACGAAGAUGAAGGACGAGGCAAUCAGCCUCAAAGCUUGAGACUAGACACUCCCGUCGCAGCAAACGGGGAGAAUUUCAGCCAGGGCCAAAGACAGGUUCUAGGCCUAGCCCGAGCAGUCAGCCGCAGAGCCAAGGUGGUACUUCUAGACGAAGCCACGGCUUCAGUGGACAAGGAGACGGAUGAGCAUAUACAGCAAUUGAUCCGUACAGAGUUUCCAGAGUCGACGAUCAUUGCGAUUGCGCAUCGGUUGAGGACGAUUGUGGAUUAUGAUCGGGUGAUUGUCAUGGGUGGUGGAGAGAUUCUUGAGAUGGGAUCGCCGGCUGAAUUGGUUAAUCUCAAUGGCAUAUUUUGUGAUAUGCUGUAUAAAACGGGGGAGUAUGAUGAGCUCGUACAGUUGAUACGAAACGAGGAAUGA